AAGCGAACAGGUCCGCGAACUCUUAUCACUAUUAGCUUAUUUGUUGGCUUGAUGCUGGCCGAAAUAAAACAGACGCGAGGCAGUUGAAAGUAAUCAGUGUAAUGUACAGUGGCAUAGCAUGCACCGCACCGCGCGCGCUUCUACUUAACUAUUUACUAUAAAUUACAAGAAAUCGAGAUGGCGAUGAACGGAUCCUCGGACAAGAAUGGGAUGAAGGUGGAUAAAACAGCCGCCUCGCUCGAUGACGCCAUGCUGUUAUCGGGUUUCGGCAUAUACAACAUAUCGCACAUGUUGAUGUCUGGCGUGAUCCUCCUGGGCAUGAUCAUGCAGAGUCUGGCGCUAGGCUACAUCUUGCCCGCUGCGCAGUGUGACCUGGAUCUGACGCUGCAGCAGCGAGGGUGGCUGUCUGCUAUACCUUUCUUAGCUAUAAUCCUGACAUCAUACUUCUGGGGCUGGCUGGCAGACACGCAGGGCAGGAGGCCAGUCAUGCUGUUCUCCAUGAUGAUAUCUGCCGUGUUCUCCGCGUUCGCCAGCUUCGCGCCUGACGUCAUCUCCUUCGGGGUCCUGGUCUUUCUGUCCGCCAUUUUUAUGUCAGGAUCAUCAGCCGUAGUGUACACGUACCUGGGCGAGUUCAACAACCUGCGGCAUAGGGACAAGAUGGUCGCCUUCGGAUCCUCCUUCGUCGGGAUCGGCACCGUCAUCCUGCCAUGUGUAUCCUGGCUAAUUUUACCUCUGGAGUUUGCCUACCCAAUCUCCAUCCUGGGCAUCGAGUACCGACCCUGGCGUCUACUAGUCGUGGCCUGUGCGAUCCCCUUCGCUCUGGGUUCCGUACUCCUCGCCUUUGCACCGGAAAGUCCCAAGUUCCUGUUCGCGACUGGCAACUAUGAUGCUGCCUUGGAAGUGGUGAAGAGGAUCUACCAUAGAAACACCAAGAAAGAUGUUGAAAGUUUUCCUAUAAAGUCCCUGAUAGUAGACCAGCAAACAGCCAAGACCUCGAACGUGCGAGGUCUGGCAGCCAUCUGGACCUCGAUGAAGGAGCAGACAGUUCCUCUGUUCCAGCGCCCUCUCCUCGCGUGGACUGCACUCACCUGCUUCGUGCAGUUUGGGAUCUUUGCCACAACGAACGGUUUCUACGUGUGGUUCCCGUCGAUCCUGAACUCGCUGGCGCAUCAUGAGGGAGGAGAGUCCAGGAUCUGUGACGUACUGGACGCUGGACGAGAUGCUGUCUCCAAUGGAACUAUGGUAUGCGACGACACAAUCCACACAUCGACGUUCGAGCGUUCGAUCUACAUCGGGCUGGUGUUCUCCUCCAUGUACAUCAUCGUGGGCUUCCUCGUGGACUACGUGGGCAAGAAGCCCAUCCUGGUGGUGAUCCUGGGCAUCACGGGCAUCUGUGGGAUCUGUGCCCACGUCGCCUACAACCAGCAACUGGCCGUGGUCCUGUUCGCCGUGUUCCAGAUGUCGGGCGCCUGUAUCGGACUCAUGAACGCUGUGGCUGUUGAGCUGUUCCCUACUAAAUAUCGAGCUAUGGCGAUCUGCCUAUCAAUGAUGAUGGGCCGAGUGGGGUCCAUGGUGGGCUCCAACCUCAUCGGCCUGUUCCUUGAGGUCAACUGCGGCGCCGGGUUCUAUCUGUUCGGCUCCAUUAUUAUAGUAAACUCCCUCUUCUGCCUCACACUACCAAACAAGAAGAGGAUACCACACAAGAAGAUCGUAGUAGAGUCGUCCACACAGAACGAGACCCACGAACCGGUAUGAAGCGGUUACAACCAGACACAUACUGGACAGAACUAGUCAAUUCUGUUUACGAAGAGAGCUUAAAGGAUGUGUGAACAAAAUACUCUUCAUAAUUUCCCUGUAAAUUAACAUUGAGUAUCUAAUUAAUUAUUUAUUAUAUAAAUAACACGAUAUUUUACCAAAAAUGUUGGUAGGAAGUCAUACAGUGAUGGAUUAAGCAUGCGGAUUACUUGGGGCCCGUUAAAAUUCUAUUGAGGGAUCCAUGAUUUACAUAAGUUAUAUUUUAAAACAUUACCCUAAGUCGUCGUACCCUUCGUCCGACUUAUGCUCAAGAGCCCUUAUGCGUGGGCCCCAUAUAUUUGCAGGCCCCAUUAUAUGCGUGGGCCCCAUGAUAUACGUGGGCCCGAUAUAUGCACGGGCCCCUCUAAUAUUUGUAAUUGCUGCUCUGACCACGUGGUUAAUCCAGCACUAAAAUUAUGUAUUUUAGUUCCAAUGUAUUAUAUUAAUACGAUGUGAACUAAAUACAAACUUAAUAUAAAAAACUGUAUUUACUGAAUAAAUGAUGUGACGACCGAUUUACCAAAGAAAUACCAGUCGAAAGUGAAUUAAAACUAAUAUGUAGAGUAGAUAGGUACAAAUUAUUUAUAUUAUGUAUAAAAUAAGUAUUUUUAACAAUUAUGAUGUCAUUAAGAUGUAAAUAGAAAAUAAAUUUUAAUAAUGAAAAUAUAA